UUGGAGAGUUUUCGUCAGGGACCCGAGCAAAAUGCUGGAUGCGCUUUGGUUUUCUGCUUCGUAAAUUUGGCAACCGCACGCUUGUCUGGCGCGGACUGUUUGUAUGUGCUUGGAUUCUCGGGAACCAGGUAUCAGGAGAAAUGACAUAGAAAAUUCUUCGAAGUGCUGACUGCGAAAUGAGCUCCUUCCACUUGAUGCUGAAAGGAGGUAAACUGAAACUCCAAGAAUGAUGAUCAGCUCAUUGGCAAGUUACAGGAAAACCACAUACAAGGCAACUAAAUAGAAGCUAUGGUAUGAUUGCUUUGUCAGGUAAAGUGUCCGAAAGAAGUACAUACUUGGAGGCUGUUACACUGAGGUGUUGAACUCUGCAGUGUGUGUCCCUCCCUACUACCCCAACACUUCUGCAUAUGAAAUGUUUCAGAUGAAGGAGCUGGUGUGGCUUGUCACUAAAGUGAACUACAUUGGAUAGAAAACAAAAGAUGACAUCUACAUUUUUGCUCAUUGGUCAUCUCAUUCUACUGAUACCUAUGUUCAGUGCUGAAGAAUGCAUUAUUUGUGAUUACUUUGUGCUUGAUGAAGAGCCUACAGCUAUUAGUUGCCCAAUAAUUACAUUGCCAGUGCUUCACUCUGAUUACAAUCUGACGUGGUAUAAAAAUGGUAGUGCUACACCAAUAGCCACAGAGAGAGAUGCCAGGAUCCACCAGCGAGAGGGCUUGCUUUGGUUUAUCCCUGCAAUGAUGGAAGAUUCUGGACUUUAUGAAUGUGAUGUAAGGAGCCUUAACCACUCUAACAAAAAAACUAUAAAUUUAACAGUUUUUAAGAACGAUAACAGUUUGUGUUUUAAUGGAAAAAUGAAGUUUGAUCAAAAAGUGAUGAGCUCAAAUACUGGAAAGAUUAUAUGCCCUGAUCUAGAACAUUUUAAAGAUGAAGACAAUAAUCAGCCUGAAGUACACUGGUAUAAGGAGUGUAAGCCUGGAUUUCUUGAAGACAAGCGACUUCUUUUGGCAGAGGGUGAAAAUGCUGUCUUGAUUCACAACGUAACUGUGCAGGACAGAGGAAACUACACAUGCCGUAUGGUAUACACAUAUAUGGGGAAACAAUAUAAUGUUUCACGAACUGUGAGUCUAGAGGUUAAAGAAAGACCACAGCAGAUGAGUCCAGAAUUUAUUUAUCCAAAGAACAAUACAAUUGAAGUAGAACUUGGCUCUCAUGUAGUUAUGGAAUGUAAUAUAUCAAGUGGCAUAAAUGGCUUGAUUCCAUUCUGGCAAGUUAAUGAUGAGGAUGUUGAUAGCUUUGAUAGCACCUACAGGGAGCAGUUUUAUGAAGAGGGGAUGCCUCAUGGACUUGCUGUAUCUGGAACAAAAUUUAACAUUUCAGAAGUGAAAGUAAAGGAUUAUGCUUAUAAAUUUUUCUGUCACUUCAUAUAUGGUUCUCAACAAUUUACAGCCUACAUCAAACUGGAAUGUCCAGCUCGGAACGUGCAGGGUUACUUAAUUGGAGGAGGAGUUUCUUUAAUAUUUUUAGUAUUUUUUACUCUCUUUAUCUACAAGAUCUUCAGAAUUGAUAUUGUUCUUUGGUAUCGGGAUUCCUGCCAUCCUUUCCUGGGUAAAAAAGUUUCAGAUGGAAAGAUCUAUGAUGCUUACGUUCUUUAUCCAAGGAACAGAGCAAGCUGCUUGUAUUCAUCAGAUAUUUUUGCUCUGAAGAUACUGCCAGAGGUCUUAGAAAGACAGUGUGGAUAUAACCUCUUCAUAUUUGGGAGGGAUGAUUUACCAGGAGAGGCUGUGAUCAGCAUUGCUGAUGAAAAAAUGCGUCAAAGUAGAAGAGUGAUAAUUGUUUUAGUACCAGAACCCUCCAGUUACAGUAUUCUAGAAGAUGUGUCUGAAAAGCAGCUAGCCAUUUAUAAUGCUCUUAUCCAAGAAGGCAUUAAAGUAAUUCUCAUUGAACUUGAAAAAAUAGAAGAUUAUGCAACCAUGCCAGAAUCCAUCAGGUAUGUUAAGCAAAAGCAUGGGGCUAUCCGAUGGAAAGGGGACUUCUCGGAAAGGUCUCACUCAGCAAGUACCAGAUUCUGGAAGAAGGUGCGCUACCACAUGCCAUCCAGAAGAAACAGAUCUUCAUCAGGAUUACAUUUGUUACCCAAGAACUUUAAUUCUUCCUAAAUAACAAAAGAAAAAUGACACUCAAUGACUAAUUCAGUUCACACAGUUGGUGAUGGAUUGAUUGAAGGUCACAUGUAUCUGUUUUCUGCAGACAAUCUUACCCAAAUUUUCUGGACUGAAGGUACUACAACGUAAUCUACAGAUGUGAAUCAUUUUUUCUUGUGGCCAGAUCAAUAGAACGCCUUGAAAUGUCAUCAAUAGCACAGUGAUGACAUGGAAACCACACAGGAAGUACACAAGGCCUUCACUUGCACUGUGAUUUGGUGGAAUUAUUUUGGUAUUAAAAACGGAAGGGGAAAAAAACUAUCAAAAAACCCGGAAAACUUGGGUUUUGCAAUUAAAGGUUGAAUAUGAAGGGAACUAUAUUAAUUAUAAUUGUGAUAUUAUGUAAUGGGCAUGGCUGAUGCCGGUCAAUAUUUUUGUUUCAAUUUUUUUAAUGAAAUGACACAAAAUUUUCUUUUGUUACAAGUUUGUUAUUCGCCUUGUUCAGUUUGCUGAAAGAUAAAUCCCUCUGGUACUGCAUCACUGUGUUAUCAUCCAAGAGAAAAGCUCGCAGUAUGCAGGCCAGCCAACAGAGUUCCAGCGACCUCGGGCCUCCGGAAUUACUUUUGCUGACUGGAAUAGAUCGAAUGAAAAACUGCUACUUGUUAUCCCUACUUUUAGGGAUAUUCUACUGAGCCAAAAUACUGUUGUUUGUUUGUUUGUUUUUUUUUUUUUUUUUAGAUUUGUUCCUUUUGAUAUAUUUAUACAAACGAUGCUAAGGUUUUCAUGUGUGUUAUGUAAAGGCACUUUGAAGAAAGGUCCAUUUUUUCAUUCAAUAAAGGCACUACAUUUUUUUUUUUCUUGCA